AUAUAUUUUACAAAUGUAUAAGCCUUACUUCUUUAAACACUGACUACAGUGAACGUUUUUGGUCAUUUGGAAAUUUCACAAGGCAUAAGGAGGGGAGGAGUGAAAUUGUGUUCUAAAGAUGACGUCAUAUCGUCGUAACGACCAAUGAAUGAAGUUCUAAAUUCAUACGCUACUCUAUGGAAACAGUUACUGAUGAAUAGUCACUAAUUUCCUUGAAAAAAAUGAUUGUUUAGGUAAACCAUUUAAAAUAUGGUAGGAAAAAACAUCUGACCUAUGAUUGCGGUUCAUAUGCACUAACGCAACGCCAGUUUCCUCUUAAAAGGUACCUGAAACAGGUUUUAACGGUUAUAAUACAUUUAUAGUUUGACAAAUGUCUACAGUAUAUCAAAUAUAUCAAAACAAUAAAGUUAAUAUCGACGGAACACUAAAGUUGCCCUCAAUACGGAAGUAGGUCGUAUUCUCAAGAAUGUUCUAUAAAAGUAAAUAUAUUCCUUGAAAUGUGUGUUAUAUUCCUUGAAAUAUGCGGAUAAUGUAGAUUUACUAUAAACUAUAGUUGUCGUGCAACGGACAUAACUUUGAAUAGAAUCGUUGUUACUUUUGCACGAGCUGCUUUACUUUCACAUUUUCACAUGUCAACGUUACUGGAUAUACACGGUGAUAUACGUAUAACUAUAAAAAGAAAACAAAACACAAAAUUUAAGGCGUAUAAUCAACGUUUAAUGAUUAAAACGUUCCUCUUGAUCUUUAGUAUAAUGCCUAAUCUACUUUUCAAUGAUAACAUUCAUAUAAUACACGCCAUGUCUCUAUUGGCACAAAAACUAAACAGUUCUACAAACAAAAUCCAGGAAGUUGUUUCUAUAUUUAGGUUUUUGAGAAUUCGAAAUCUGCCCUGAUAUAUUAUUUGUAUUGAAUAAUCCAGAGUUGAAAUCAUUGAACAUUACUGCUGAAGACGAUAGGUUUCGAUUUUUAUAUGAAAUGGCUUGUAAAGGUAAACACUCAUCAUCCCGUCAUCUUUUGGUCGCAGCUUUUGACUUUGGAACAACAUACAGUGGCUACGCUUUUUCCUUUCGCGACGAUCCGAUGAAAAUACAAACAAAUCAGGGGUGUAACGCUGGCAGCGAGAAGCUUAUAUCACUUAAAACAUCCACAUGCGUUCUUCUGAAUCAACGUAAGGAGUUUGACUCGUUUGGGUUUGAGGCAGAGAUCAGGUACUCUGAUCUUGCCGAAGAUAACAAACACCAUGGCUGGAUGCUAUUUCGCAGGUUUAAGAUGUUGCUUUAUAAUAAUGAGGGAUUGAAUAGAUCAUCAAAGGUAAAAGACAUUAAUGGGAAAGCUAUGCCAGCAAUGGAGAUAUUUUCUAUGGCUAUUAGAUUUCUCCGAAAUCAUUUGCUAACAGCAAUCAACAAACAGACAGUUGGUUUGAACGAGAAAGACAUACAAUAUGUCGUUACAGUACCAGCUAUUUGGAAUGACAACGCAAAACAAUUUAUGAGAGAAGCUGCAAUAAUGGCAGGACUGGAUUCAACACGUUUGAAACUUUCUCUUGAACCCGAGGCGGCCUCGAUUUGGUGUCAAAUGGUAUCAACUGAUCUUAAGAAGUCUGUGUCUGAUGUCGGAUGCCAGUACAUGGUCGUUGACUUACGAGGAGGAACAGCGGACAUAUCAGUCCAUGAAAAGAAAGCAGAUGGCUCUCUUAAAGAAAUUCACAAAGCAAGCGGUGGUCCUUGGGGUGGUACUGCUGUCGACAAGAACUAUUUUGACUGGCUGACAAAUCUUUUUGGAGAAAGGACGAUGGAGAGGUUUAAAAAGGAACAAAUGGCUGACUACUUUGAUGUCCAAGUGAUAAUUUGAAAUAAAGAAACGCAAUAUAACAACAAAUUCACAGGGGAAAAUCACAUUCAGAGUGUCUGCUUCGCUCAGAGAAAUAUAUAGAGAGGUCGAAAAUUCUGACUUAAAAGGGAAAGUCAGAGAUAUGGGUUUAGCUGACAAAGUUACAUUCUCAAGCGAUAAACUGCGACUUGACGUAUCGAUUGUUCGAGGUUGGUUUGAAGCCCCAUUAAACGAAAUAGUUGCCCAUGUUAAACAUCUCCUUGUUGAAAGAAAAAUGAAGUAUGUGCAGAGAAUAUUACUCGUUGGUGGGUUUGGGGAAUGCCAGCUUGUUCACGAGGAAAUGAAAAGAAAUAUUCCGAACAAAACCAUUAUAAUACCCAAUGAGGCUGGUCUUGCUGUACUUAAAGGAGCGGUUCGGUUCGGACAUAUGCCUAAUGUUGUGUCUUCCAGAGUAAUGAAGUAUACAUAUGGCGUUUCAGUAGUGAGAAUCAAUGUUAAAGAAUCACUUCCUGAUUCUGAUAACGAGGACAAUUAUUCAUUAACAAACAAUUGUUCAGAGAGUGACGACUCUAGCGAUAUUUCAUUCAAUGAUCUCGAAGCCGUAUACAGCUCGGGGUCAGAUGAUGACUUCAACGAAUUUGAUUUUGGUAUGAGGUUCGGCAGAAGUCAGCGCUGUCGCGACGGCGGUAGCCAAGGUGAUAACCAGUCGACUGCGGAUAAAGAGUCAGAUGAAAAUGUUAUUCAUAACGUUUUUGACAAGUUUGUUGAAGUAGGAGAUGGACAUCCUGUUGGUCACGAAGUACGUAGAGUUUAUAUUCCAACGAAUCCUCGUAUGGCGGAGAUAUCCGUUUAUUGUACCAGCGAUCCCUAUCCACAGUUUGUUACUGACCCAGGUUGCGAACAGCUUGGCGUUCUGUCAAUAGAAUUCCCAGACGGAGAAACCUGUGAAGACAACAAAAAUGAGGUUACAUUGAUAUUUGGUGAUACGGAGCUUGUUGUUAAAGCGAAAAUCUUACGCACGGGGCUUGAAUUUUUCACAAAGAUUGACUGUCUUAAAUAAAGAUACUGGCUGUAUAUGAUA